UGUAAAUUUAGUUGAAAUCAGAAGAAAGAGAAUCUGCUUCCCCGUGGAUGGGUUUGAAGGAGACUUUCUACAUAUCCCACGGAUCGCCGACGCUGUGCAUCGACGAGACAAUACCGGCGAGGCACUUUCUCAAGUCCUGGAAAGAGAAAGUGUAUGGAGAGAGGCCCAAGUCCAUCCUGGUGGUCUCUGGACAUUGGGACACCGAUGUACCUGCCGUCAACACUGUCGAUACCCACGACACCAUCUAUGACUUCUAUGGCUUCCCCGACGCCAUGUACAAGCUCAAGUAUCCAGCGCCAGGAGCUCCGGUGUUGGCAAAGAGGGUGAAGGAAUUACUGAUGGCAUCUGGUUUCAAACGUGUUGUUGAAGACAGAAAACGUGGGCUAGACCACGGUGCAUGGGUUCCUCUUAUGCUAAUGUAUCCGGAGGCUGAUAUUCCGGUCUGCCAACUGUCCGUGCAGUCUGAGAAAGACGGCACUUAUCAUUACCACAUGGGAAAGGCAUUGGCACCGCUCAGAGAGGAAGGUGUCCUUAUAAUUGGCUCCGGUAGCACCACUCAUAACUUGAGGACCCUUCAGUUCAAUAGUACUUCUGUUGCUCCUUGGGCUCAAGCAUUUGAUACGUGGCUCAGAGAUGCUCUCCUUGAGGGAAGGUAUGAUGAUGUGAACCAGUUCCAGGAGAAAGCACCGAAUGCAAGGAUGGCGCACCCUUGGCCGGACCACUUCUACCCCUUGCACGUGGCAAUGGGUGCGGCUGGUGAGAAAUCAAAGGCAAAACUUAUCCACGAGAGCUGGGGUCUUGGUACGCUUUCUUAUGCGUCUUAUCAGUUUUCAACAUCCGACUGAUCAAUUGAUGGCCACAAUGAAAGCGUCCGACUGAAUUUAUGUUGUUUGACUUUCACAUGUUUUACGAUAAUCUUCAACAAAUUAGAAAUAAAGGAUGCCGUUGUGACUGCUUUGUAAUCAGGAUUUAUUGUGUUGAUGCAAAUUCUAUAUGUAUUUAUUUGGUAUUUGGGUAUGAAACCAAAGUGGAU